GCGAUGCAGUUACUUAUCAGUACAUUUUUGUUCGUUUGGUUUCGAUUUUAAAUUUCGUAAAUAUCCUCCAGAAGAAGGACGCUUUCUGCAGCAGAUAUGACUUGUCUGCAUCUCCUGGCCUGUUUGCUGGUAAUCCUGCAGGUUUCUGCGUCUGACGUGGAAGUGAUUCCAGGAGAGGACGCCGUCCUGCAGUGCCAGGCUCCCAGCAGUGCCAAGGUUACAGUAGUGGAGUGGACCAAAGACGACCAUUCACCGGAUGACUAUCUCUUCCUCUACCGUAAUGGCCGCUCAUAUGAAAAGUACCAGCACCCUUCUUUCAGAGGUCGAGUUGAACUGAGGAGCUCGUCCUUCGCUGACAGCGGAGAUGUUUCUGUGGUCCUGAAAAAAGUGUCUGGGGAGGACAUGGGGACGUAUAGGUGUCGAGUUCUAAUGACCAGCAGCGGGGGUAAGAUGGAGGAACACUCUGAGGUCGUACAUCUGAUGAACCAGAUCCCUUCAGGAGCCCCCCAGGAACCAGAGAGAGUAGGUACCGAAGAGGGAACUGGUCCAAACGUUCCUGUACUGGCUGGAGUGCUUUCUGUAGCUUUGGUCGCUGUUAUCGGAGGUGUUGGGUUUUUUGUACAUAGGAGAAACAAAAUGCGAAAUCAUCAGCGAGUCCUGCAGGAAAUACAGACAUAAAACAAAGCUAAAUAUGAAUUUGUUUGGAUAAAAAGCCGGACAAAGCUGUGACUCCUCCUCUGAAUGGACAGAUUAACUCAGUAGGCAGGGAGCGUUGAUUCAGACUAACACAUUAAACCACAAUUACUACCAGGAAACUGUCUGCUGAUAAAGACACUAAACAGGGAGGAGGAAAAUGGUUUGGUUCUAGCAUCAUAACUCAUAGAAACAUUUAUUAAGUUCUGACCAUUUCCUGCCAUUAACACAGAGGCUAUAGCUCCCCUCACCAUCCUCUGCAGGGCCCUCUGCUCUGACAAAUUAAACUGAAAUCUACAUUAAGGUUCCAUCAGAAGUGAAGCUGAAGACGUGGAAAAUUAAGAGGAUAACUUCAGAUCUUUUGGGUUUUUUUGUUUGUUCUAUAAAUCGCAUUAAAAUCAGCAGUGGCCUCCUCCAUACCUCUGAUGGUGUUUUCAUGCAUUAACAAACUUUGUUUGCACAGUUUUUUAAACCACUACUUCU